AAAACCAAAAUCAAAUAACCCUCUUUCAAUUUAGGGUUUCAACCUCAAAGCUAGCAUUUCUCACAAAACAAAGAGAGAAGAGAAUUAACCAAAUCAAACAAAGAUGCCGAAGAACAAGGGUAAGGGAGGUAAGAAUCGGAAGAGAGGAAAGAACGAAGCUGACGAUGAGAAAAGAGAGCUAGUUUUCAAAGAAGAUGGACAGGAAUAUGCUCAGGUUUUACGUAUGCUUGGUAAUGGACGUUGUGAAGCUAUGUGUAUUGAUGGAACAAAGCGUCUUUGUCAUAUACGUGGUAAGAUGCAUAAAAAAGUUUGGAUCGCUGCUGGUGACAUCAUCCUUGUUGGUCUUCGUGAUUAUCAGGACGACAAAGCUGAUGUGAUCUUGAAGUACAUGCCUGACGAGGCCAGGUUAUUGAAGGCAUAUGGAGAGUUGCCAGAGAACACAAGACUUAAUGAGGGCAUUACUGGUGGGCUGGAUGAAGAAGAAGAGGGCGCUGGUGAUGACUACAUUGAGUUUGAGGAUGAAGACAUUGACAAAAUCUAAAUCUGAACGCAAAGCUGCUGUUACUGAGGUCCGUUAUAGGCCUUACUAAUGUUUUUGUGGAGCUUUUUCCAUAAACAUUGAGAGAGUAUCUUGUGUAUCGUUUGAAGUUAUGUAAUCAAACUUUGUGCAUUGUGAGAUUUGUAUGAAGAUUUGUGCUUUCAUGAAAUGAAUGCAAUAUUCUAGCUGGUGUCUAUUCAGUUA